AUGAACCCAAAUCUUAUGCCAGCUGUCUUGCAAUGCUUAAUGGCCAUUGUUCAUCGUGCUUUUGAGACUGCAUUAUCAUGGCUGGAGGCUCAAAUAUGCGAGACAGGAGAUGCUGCUGAGGUCAGAGAGUCAACUCUGGUUGUCCAUGCUUGUUUUCUCAUAAAGAGUUUGUCUGUUAGAGAAGAACACAUUCGGGAUGUAUCUGUUAAUCUGUUGUCUCAAUUGAGAGAGAGAUUUCCACAGAUUCUGUGGAAAUCAUCUUGUUUGGAUUCUCUUUUGUUCUCUGUGAAUGGUGAUCCACCUUCAUCUCUCGUGAAUGAUCCUGCUUCAGUAGCUUCUGUUCGCUCUUUGUACCAAAGCGUUGUCAAGGAGUGGAUUGUUGAUUCGCUAUCCUAUGCUCCAUGCACCACCCAAGGUCUUCUUCAGGAGCAACUUUGUAAAGCAAACACAUGGCAAAAAGCACAGCCCACUACAGACGUUGUCUCUCUUUUAUCUGAAAUAAAAAUAGGAACAGGGAAAACGGAUUGUUGGAAGGGUAAAAAAACUGCCAACAUUCCUGCAGUAAUGGCAUCUGCAGCUGCUGCAUCGGGUGGAAAUUUGAAGUCAACAGAGGCGUUUAAUAUUGAGCCUGUUCACUUUGGAUUUGUUGUUUCAAAUUUUUGCAUACCCUUGUCAAGUGCUUGGAUAGUAGUGACUGGACCCAUAUGGAAGUUAUUUCAAUCUCCACAUGCCAUGCAUAAUGAAGAUGCCAUGGAAGAAUAUAUGUUCUUUGAACAUUUGUUCUUUUUUACUGGGAUGUGUUGA